AUGGACGCAUUAAAAGAAAGUUACGAGCAUUUAUUAGUUGUAUUACGUGGCUUUCCUUGGUAUGCAUUAUGGAUUAUUUAUGUUUACAACUUUGGAAUAGCAUUUACUUCAUUGAUGAUGAGAAAAUUAUUAUAUAUGCUUGAUAAAGUUCCUCGACGACCAUCAAUAUUUAUAUCACUUUAUUUUGAUAAUAAUAAUUUUGUUAAACAAGCUGAUGAAUGCACCUGUUUUUGA